CUGGAGCAUGCUCUUUGCACAAGGCCAUUUGCUUGAAUUGAAUCAUUGUAGCCUAAUCAAUGGUCUUAUUGGAUUACUGGCUGUUGCGGUUCUCAAAGAUAUUGUAGCAGAGACAAUGAAAUAGCUAGAGUAAAACUUUUUUCUCCUUUAGUGGAUCACGCAGUUGAGAUUUUUCACGGGCUAUCUCUCUCUCCCCUCCCUCUCUUGCUCCCUCCCUCUCUCUCUCCCUCUUUCUCCCCCUCUCCCUUUCUCCCCCUUCCUGGAUCCACUGCACACAAAGCUGGCUUUUUUUUGCUUUUUUUUUUUUUUUCAAUGAGCAGGCUCUGCGAAUAGGUUCAGUGUUUGCGAAGGUGCAGAAUUAGCACACACACAUGCACGCACACACACACACACAGAGGGAGAAGCACAAAAAGCAAGUAUCGGGACUGAAAUAAGGAGAGAGUUGUAUUGUUGAGUACCUGAUCACUGGGCGCUCUGGGAAGCUGGACCGUCACAUUAAGGACGCUGGGACUGAGGAAGCCGCUGCUUUUCCAGUGGGAUAAAACCCGACCUUCCUUACUCAAGGUGCUUUACAGAUCCCCACCGAUCUGACCCUAAGCCGUGCAAUAUCCAGCAUAGACUUCGUCUUCUUCUUCUACUACUACUCUUCUAUAUUUUUGGGUGGCUUUUUUCUUUUCUUUUGUUUUUAUUGCACUACAUGUUUGGGAAACAAGACAAAAUGGACGUUAGAUGCAGUUCAGAGACUGAAGCUAACAGGGUCUCGAAGAACGGACAUAAAGAGGGCAAAGAAAGCAAAGGGUCUGAAGGAAAUAUUUCUACUUCUUUUUUGAAGGAUCAACAAGGAACUUUUUCUGCCUCUGCAGCUACGGAAGAUUGUAAUAAAAGUAAAUCUAGUUCGGCUGAUCCGGACUAUUGCAGGAGGAUCCUAGUUAGAGAUGCCAAAGGUUCAAUCAGAGAGAUUAUUCUGCCUAAGGGGCUUGAUCUGGACCGUCCCAAGCGGACCCGCACCUCCUUCACGGCCGAGCAGCUCUACCGCCUGGAGAUGGAGUUCCAGCGCUGCCAGUACGUCGUGGGGCGGGAGCGCACCGAGCUCGCCCGCCAGCUCAAUCUCUCCGAGACUCAGGUCAAGGUCUGGUUCCAGAACCGGCGCACCAAGCAGAAAAAGGACCAGGGCAAGGACUCGGAGCUGCGGUCGGUGGUAUCCGAGACCGCCGCCACCUGCAGCGUCCUGCGGCUGCUGGAGCAAGGCCGGCUGCUCUCCCCACCGGGGCUGCCCGGCCUCCUGCCGCCCUGCGCUACCGGAGCCCUGGGUUCGGCGCUGCGCGGCCCCGGCCUGGCAGCGAGCAGCGGCAGCGCGGCGGCGGCGGCGGCUCCCGCCGGGGGCUCCCCGCACCCCCCGGCCGCCAGCAGCGCGGCGGGGCCCCCCCCUCCGGCAGCGCUACACGGAGCGGCCACCGCCGGGCACGGGCUGUUCGGGCUGCCGGUGCCCGCGCUGCUGGGCUCGGUGGCCGGGCGGCUCUCCUCCGCGCCCCUGGCCGUGGCCGGCUCGCUGGCGGGCAACUUGCAGGAACUGUCGGCCCGCUACCUGAGCUCGUCCGCCUUCGAGCCCUACUCCCGGACCAACAAUAAAGAAAGCGCUGAGAAAAAAGCACUGGACUGACUCUAAGUAACUUCCCCGUAUUUAUAUUUAUAGUCUCUAUUUGUGGCGGUAUUUAUGGGACGGGCGGCGCGGCGGCCUGCCGGCAGCCCCCUCCCUCGCCGCCGCCUCCCAGCCCCGCGGCGCGGUUCCCUCCGCGGGCCGGGGCGGAGCGGGGACCGGGGCGGAGCGGGGCCCCGGUGCUCUCGGGGCGAGGUGAGGCGGCUGCCGGGGGACCUUCUCCGGAGCCCGGCGAAAGCGGGGCAGCCCCCGCGGCUCUCCCUGCCCCGCCGACCCGGGGAUCCGUCGGUCCUUUCGGGGGGGGAUGUCUGUCUGUUCGUUUGCUUUGACACCGUUAGGAAAGGGACGGAGAGGGAGAGCGGACAGGGUGCGGUUUGGCCGGGCUCUUUAGGCUCGUCUGUAGCCAAUGCCAAGCGAGGGAGGAUUUCAGAGAGGGGAAGAUGGAGCCACCAGGUGAUGCCCCCCCCCCUUUUUUUUUCUUUCUUUUUAUUUUUUCCCUCCCCCGACUUCAGUGACUCCUAAGCACAGAGGUUUGGGGGCUCCACCUGUGGUUCCCGUUUCACUCACACUCACUGCACUACAGUCCCCGGGUAAAGUCCUUGCCGUUUGCCCUUAAUACCAGCCAGGAAAAUGUCCAGCAACUUUUCUUUUCCACGAUAAAUCUUGAACGUGGGAAGGGCCGGAACGGACUGCCUUGACAAUACACCCACGAAGCGGGGAGACAGAAACCAGUGGCUGCAGAGAUUUUGAAUAAAACUGUCUCUCCCUUCGAGAUAACAUAACGCCCCCUUUUUUUCUUUCUUUCUUUUUUUUUUUUUUCAUUCCCACGGGCCAGUCCUGCGGACUUUAUCUGCAAAAGCAAAUAUGCAGAUAAAUAAUGGAAGUCGCGACUCGAUUUGCAUCCAGAUCUGUUGCGAUGGUAAUUUUUUUCCUUUUUUUUUUUUUUUUUUUCGUAUUUCAUUUUUCCAAAUAAUUUCCGUAUGCACCUGAUUAAAGAAAAAAUCUUUACCCUUCCUUCCUCCUAAAAUAACCCCUCGUACAUCGCUCACGCUUCUUUUAAAACAAACGUAAAAUAUAAAAAGCAUAUCCUUUGUUGUUAUUUUUGUACUUUAAAAUACAUCUAUGUAACAAUCUUUUUUUUUUUUCCCUUCAGAAUUCUUACUGCUAUUUUCUCCAGAAAUCUAUGUAUUUCAUUCUCUAGUAUUCCGGAUCGAAUAUUUCCUGUUGAAUUUCGGUACUUGAAUUUGCAAGAAAAGGGGUACUGUAUGUAGUUAGUUCUUUGGAAAAACGAAAAGAAGAAAUAUUUCUUUACUUUGGUUUUAAGUUUCUUUUUUUUUCUUUAAACUUUAACACAUGGCGUUUACAAAUUGUAUAAAUACGUGCCACCAAAUUGUAACCAAAAAAAAAAAAUUACAAAAAGUGGAAUGGUUGCUGUAGUGUAUAGAAUUAAUUAUAGACCAGAACUGGACAGAAGGAUCUGGACCGAAAGAAAAUAGUAAUUUUAUUGUAAAUUAUUUACGUUUGAAGUUUCUAGGCAACUAGUUGGAAAAGAUAAUGGAUGAAUCGAGCGCUGAGCCCUUGCUACUAACUUUUGUUCUGAAUGUUUUGGAUAUUUGGAUGUUUUGUAUUUAUGUGGUGAGAGUGAAAUAUAUUAUAUCUAUAUGAUGAUGGAA